CCCUUAGCAACGGACUUCCUGCUGCUUCCGUGAUGUCACUUGUAACUGCAGCGUCAGAACACGGAAGUUGCUGAUGCUUCAGGGACCGUAACCGGGUGGAGGUACAGGGCUAGGACAAGAUGCCACCGACCGGGCUGAAAGCUGUAGUCGGAGAGAAAAUCGUGUCAGGGGUGAUUGCCAGCAUAAAGAAAGAUGGAGAAUGGAAGGUGCUGCUUGUCGAUCACACCAGCAUGCGUAUUCUCUCCUCUUGCUGCAAAAUGUCUGACAUGCUGGAUGAAGGCAUCACAAUUGUAGAAGAUGUUAAUAAGAGGAGAGAGCCAAUUCCUAGUCUGGAAGCCAUUUACUUCAUCACCCCAUGCGAGACGUCUGUCCGCGCUAUUAUAUCCGACUUUAGGGACAUGGGUGCCCCUAUGUACAAAGCAGCACAUAUAUUCUUCACCGACACUUGUUCUGAUCAGCUGUUUGCUGAGCUAGGAAAGUCGAAGGUCCCAAAGGUGAUCAAAACCCUAAAAGAAAUCAACCUGGCUUUCCUUCCAUAUGAAUCGCAGGUCUAUUGCCUUGAUGCAAAGGACUCUUUCCACACCCUGUUCAGCCCGUAUGGAAAGCUUGAGAAAAACAAAUGCCUGGAGAUGUUGGCAGAGCAGAUCGCCACACUUUGUGAAACCCUGAAAGAGUACCCUGCCGUCAGAUACCGGAGUGGCUAUGAAGACAAUUACACAUUAGCACAAAUGGUGUUUGACCGUCUCAAUGCAUUUAAAGCCGAUAACCCCAGCAUGGGCGAGGGUCCAGACAAGGGCAGAUCCCAGCUUCUGAUUGUUGACCGUGGCUUUGACCCUGCUUCCCCGAUCAUGCAUGAGCUUACCUUCCAGGCCAUGACGUAUGACCUCCUAGAUAUCCAAAAAGACAUAUACAGCUAUGAGACCACAGGUAUUGGAGAAUCACUGGAAAAGCAGGUCCUUUUGGACGAGGACGAUGACCUGUGGGUGGAGCUUCGCCAUAUGCACAUUGCUGAUGUUUCCAAGAAGGUUACAGAGCUGCUUAAAUCAUUCUGUGAAAGUAAAAGAAUGACUACAGACAAGGCCAACAUUAAAGAUUUGUCCCAGAUACUGAAAAAGAUGCCUCAGUACCAGAAGGAGUUAAAUAAGUAUGCCACUCACCUCAACCUGGCAGAAGACUGCAUGAGACACUUUAAGGGGACAAUUGAGAAACUGUGUGCAGUGGAGCAGGACCUCGCCAUGGGCUCAGAUGUAGAGGGGGAGAAACUGAAGGACCCAAUGAAGAUUAUAGUGCCUCAUCUGCUUGAUCCCAAUAUCAAACCCUAUGAUAAAAUCCGCAUCAUCCUCUUGUAUAUCUACCUGAGGAACGGUAUCACAGAUGAAAACCUUACCAAGCUAAUACAACACGCUAAUAUCCAGAAUGAGAGCAACAUCAUACGGAACAUGCAGCACCUGGGCACCCAAGUGGUUCUAGGGCAACCAGCAACAAAUUCCGUCAGACCAGAGAGGAAACUGCGUCCAGAACCCACCUAUCAGCUAUCUCGCUGGACACCAGCACUGAAGGAUAUCAUGGAGGAUGCCAUAGAAGAUAAACUGGAUAAAAAACUGUGGCCAUUUGUCUCUGAACCUGUCAAGGCCACUGGACCAGCUCAGCCUGUAGUGAGUGCCCGGUUUGGCCACUGGCACAAAACAAGGAGUGCCGCAGAAUACCGCUCCGGCCCUCGCCUUUUGGUUUACAUACUAGGCGGGGUGUCCAUGUCUGAGAUGAGAUGCGCCUAUGAGUUGACCAAAGCUACAGACUCCAAGUGGGAAGUUAUUAUAGGAUCAACUCACAUCCUCACUCCAGCCAUCUUCCUUAACGGGCUGAAGACCCUGGAUCAGCAGGUGACCAACAGUCAAUAAAGAGCCCUUCCUUUCCUGCUUUGUGACCCUUGAUGUGUCAUGGAACCCAACAGCUACCACCAAAAGCACUCCAACUGAUGGACCUCUCUGCUUCCAAAGCAAAACUGCCAGAUAUUUUUCUUCUAUUAGAACCAGAGAUCCCUCUCAUUUCACAAUUAAGUUUUGCCAUGUUUAUUAUAACGGUGAUCAGGGACAAAAAUGUUACACACAAAAUAGUACAGGUAUGGGACCUGUUAUUCAGAAUGCUUGGGAUCUGGGGGUUUUCCGGAUAAGGGAUCUUUCCGUAGUUUGGACCUUCAUACCUUAAGUCUUCUAGAAAAUCAUGUAAACAUUAGGGAUGUGUCGAAUCCACUAUUCGGGAUUCUGCCGAAUCCCCGAAUCCUUGGUGAAAGAUUUGGCCGAAUUCAGAAUCUUAAUUUGCAUAUGCAAAUUAGGGGCAGGAAAGGAAAAAGUGGAAAAAAGUCAUGUGAUUUCCCUAACCGCCCCUAAUUUACAUAUGCAAAUUAGGAUUUGGUUCAGACAGGCACAAGGAUUCGCUGAAUCCGAAUCCUGCUGAAGAAGGCCGAAUCCUGAACCGAAUCCUGGAUUCGGUGCAUCCCUAUUAAACAUUAAAUAAAGCCAAUAGGCUGGUUUUGCUUCCAAUAAGGAUUAAUUGUAUCUAAGUUGGGAUCAAGUACAAGCUGCUGUUUUAUUAAUACAGUAAAAAAGGAAAUUAAUUUUCAAACUGUGGAUUAUUUGGAUAAUAUGGAGUCUAUGGCAGACGGCCUUUCGGUAAUUCAGAGCUUUCUGGAUAAUGGGUUUCCGGAUAACGGAGCUCACACCUGUACCGAGUAAUAUUUGAUUUCUGGUGCAGUCCAUUGCAAUCAUGUUUUGCAGAAGUAGAAAAAGGAAAUCAUUUUUAAAAAUUUUGAUUAUUUCUACCAAAUGGGAGAAAUGAAAUGUAAAAACUUCUGAUAUCUUGAAAAGAAAAAAAUAA